AUGAAUAUUUCAAAGAGCUCAAGUUUGCGGGGCUUACCACCAAGAUGGAAGAUGCAGAUGAUGAUUGCCGAGGAUGUCUCCCGACUAAUAGUACAGAAAUCAGCCAGGCUCCGGAACUCGCCUUUUCUCCAAAAAGCUGCUAGGCGAUAUACUUCAAUGGUUCCUUAUUCUAAUGAUAAUCCGAACCUUCACAGUUACAGUUCCUUGGACCAAGCAGGAUCUUCGUCCAGAUUAAUAUUCGAAGUGAAUUCUGGGAAACAACUCAACCAAAAAGAUCCUUCAAUUGGCUCUCUGACUGAAUUAUCACGACGUGAGAGGGAUAGGCUACAUUCAUAUCUUGGCAGCAUCGAUUGUGGAACAACCUCUUCUCGCUUUCUAAUAUUUGAUAGGAAUGGAAACCCAGUUGCUAGUCAUCAAGUCGAGCUGAACAAUAUUUAUCCAGAACCAGGAUGGCAUGAACAAGACCCAAUAGAACUUAUAACCUCGGUCGAAUCAUGUAUCAACGAAGCCACAAAGGCAUUUAUUGCUUCUGGAAGAAGUAAAGAUGAGAUAAAAGCGAUUGGGAUUACAAACCAUAGGGAAACCACCAUUUGCUGGGAUACCCGAACAGGACAACCACUUUACAAUGCAAUUGUAUGGUCUGAUACGCGAACUAUUUCUAUUGUGAGGGAGUUAAAGAAGCAAGUCGGUGCGCAUAAUUUACAACAGCUUUGUGGCCUGCCAUUAUCUACAUAUCCUUCGAGCCUCAAACUAAUCUGGAUGUUACGAAAUGUUAAGGCUAUCAAGCAAGCAUAUGAAGAGGGCAAUCUUUCAUUCGGAACCGUGGAUAGUUGGCUGAUUUACAAACUCAACAAUGGCAAGGAAGCAGAUGUACAUGUCACUGAUACUACCAAUGCAUCAAGGACCAUGUUUAUGAAUAUCCACACCCUAAAGUAUGAUAAAUUACUGUUUGAUUUUUUCAGGGUAAACCAGAAUAAUAUUUCUCUACCAAAAAUUUGUCCGUCAGCGGAUUUCAAAUCUUUUGGAUGUCUAGCAAGUGGAGCUCUCAAAGGAAUAAAGAUCACUGGCUGUCUUGGCGAUCAAUCUGCUGCACUUGUGGGACAGUGUGGGUUUUCUCCGGGUCAAGCGAAGAAUACCUACGGAACCGGUUGCUUUCUUCUCUACAACGUUGGUGAUAGGCCUGUCAUCUCUAACUCCGGUCUCUUAGCAACUGUAGCAUAUGACUUUGGUCACGAAUUCAAGCCUAUUUAUGCCUUGGAGGGGAGUAUAGCUGUGGCAGGUUCUGGAGUAAAAUUCUUAACGAAAAAUCUUGGCCUUUCCCCACACCCAAGCGGGAUUACGGAGAUGGCUGAGUCUGUUAGAGAUAAUGGAGGAGUAGUUUUUGUGACCGCUUUCAGCGGAUUAUUUGCUCCAUAUUGGAUAGAUGAUGCAAAAGGGACUAUGUUUGGUAUUACGGCGCAUACCCAACGUGGCCAUAUUGCUAGAGCAACGCUAGAAGCAACUUGCUUCCAAACCAAAGCUAUUCUUGACGCGAUGCAAUUAGACUCUGGACGCCGCUUGGAGAGUUUGACCGUUGAUGGUGGGAUGUCGCAAUCUGAUACUUGCAUGCAAAUUCAAGCUGAUAUCAUACGCAUCCCUGUAGAAAGACCUCUCAUGCGGGAGACAACUGCAUUAGGAGCUGCUAUUGCCGCUGGAUUUGGAAUCAAAUAUUGGCAUUGCUUUGAUGAGCUCAAACCUAUGAAUAGAAAGACUCGUACUGUUUUUCGGCCACAGUUAGAUGAAAAUACCAGCUCUAGAAUGUUUCGCAAAUGGAAUCAAGCAGUUCAAAUGAGUCGUGGGUGGGAUCAAGAUGAUCCUGAACAAAACUAG